UCAUUCUUGCAAGGCUUCUUCCUUCCCACUCCCCCUCCAAGGAAGAGGCAUGAGGCAUGAUUUUGCUGUCAUUUCAUACCAUGAGAAGGCCUCCGUCCCCGCCGGAUUCCUUCCUUCAUGCUUUCACUCUCUCUUUCUUUCUCUCCCAUUUCCUCACUCCCCCUCUGUCUUCCUCUACCCACAUCCCAAAAUCGACUUCCCAACCAUCUCCCUCCUUUCAUCAUCAGCUUCUUCUUCUUCAACGAUUUGAGAUGCCCAUAUCGAGAUUGAUCUAGGAUCAGAGAUAAUUGUUCUCUGUGAUCCUUUACGAUGGAUUUUGUCGAGCUCGAGGCUGUUGAGGGCUUGCGAUGGUCGUGGAACUCGUGGCCGAAGACGAAGGGGGAGGCCGCCUCUCUGGUUAUCCCUCUGAGCAUCAUGCACACGCCGUUGAUGGAGAUAGCCGAUCUACCCGUCCUCUCCUACGAGCCAUUGAUCUGCAAGGGAUGCAGUGCAGUGCUAAACCCUUAUGCCCGGGUGGAUUACCAGACCCGGCUCUGGGUUUGCCCCUUCUGCUAUCUGAAGAACCCUUUUCCCGGUUCUUACGCCGGCAUCAGUGAAAACAAUCUGCCGGCAGAGCUCUUUCCGACGUACAGCACAGUCGAGUAUCGGCUCAAUCGAGCGAGACCCAAUUGGAGAAGUGGGCACUUUCCAUCACCUUCGUCUUCGUUGUCCUCCUCGCUGUACGCUGGCGGCGAGGCGGGUUCUAGAGGCGCAGGCCCGACGUUCGUCUUUGUUUUGGAUACGGCGAUGGCGGAGGAUGAGUUUCAGGUGUUGAAGAAGGAGAUAUUGCAUGUAGUCGCACAGUUGCCGGAUAGUUGUUUGGUAGGGUUGGUUACUUUCUCGUCGAUGGUGCAUGUUCAUGAUGUCAGUGAUGCCGAUUGCUCGAGGGCGGUUGUGUUCCACGGCGAGCGGGACUUGUCUCCACAUCAAAUUCAGCAGUUUCUAGGUACGCCUCAUUUGCAGCAUCGAAAAUUCAGUAAUAAGGCAUCUUCCCAGACAUUCAAUUUUCUUUUGCCUAUUUCUGAGUGCGAGUUCAGUUUCACUGCAGCAGUUGAAGAACUCACUCCAGCGCCUCCACCUGCUCCUGGGUAUCGAUCCGGGAGAUCAACUGGUGUAGCUAUAUCUGUUGCGACGGGACUUAUUGAAGCAAGUUCACCAAGUGCCGGUUCAAGGAUAAUGGUUUUCCUAUCUGGUCCUACAACUCUUGGUCCUGGUAUGGUUGUGGGUGCAAAUCUUGGUCAGAGUAUCCGCACCCAUCGCGACCUACUCAAGGAUCGUGCCCCCCAUUACAAGAAGUCCUGUGACUUCUAUAGACGGUUGGCACAGAGGCUGUGUGAUGCAUCUAUAGUACUGGAUGCUUUUGCAUGCUCACUUGAUCAGGUUGGUACUGCAGAACUCCGAUCAGCUGUUGAGAGUUCAGGAGGCUGGAUGGUUCUUGCUGAAGCCUUUGCCUCUGAUCAGUUCAAGAAAUGUUUGCAGCACAUCUUUCAGCAGGAUGACCAUGGCCACUUGAAAAUGAACUUUGACGCAACCAUCGACAUAGUGGCAACGAAGGAGGUGAAAAUUUGUGGAGCCCUUGGUCCUUGUGUAUCACUUUUGAAGAAGAACAGCUCUGUGAGUGACAUGGAGGUCGGAUUUGGAGGCUCCAGCUCAUGGAAGUUGGGUACUCUUACCAGCAAGACAUGCCUUGCAUUCUUUUUUGAAGUGGAAGGCGAACAAAAAUCUCAGGCGGGACCCGUGUUUUUUAUUCAGUUCAUAACUCGCUAUCGGCAUGGUGAUGGGAUUAUUCGACUUCGGGUGACUACAGCUGCCAGAAGAUGGGCCGAGAGUUCUCGUUCUCCAGAGAUAGCAGGCAGUUUUGAUCAGGAAGCAGCAGCUGCUGUUAUGGCAAGACUUGCUGUUGACAAGAUUGAGAGAGGAGAUCAUACUGAUGAGGUAAUUAGAUGGCUUGACCGGAUGCUCGUCCGCUUCGCGGCUAAGUAUGGCGACUACGUGAAGGAAGAUCCUACUUCAUUCCGGCUUUCAUCAAACUUCUCGCUUUACCCACAGUUCAUGUACUAUUUUCGGCGAUCGCAGUUCAUAGACGUCUUCAACAGUAGCCCUGAUGAGACUGCAUUUUUCCGGUUGAUGCUGAAUAGAGAAGGAGUGGUUGGAUCACUGAUCAUGAUCCAGCCAACACUCUUCCGGUAUUCAUUUGAUGGCCCUCCGGUGCCAGUUCUUUUGGACGUCAGCUCGAUCUCAUCAGACAGCAUCCUGCUGUUUGAUUCGUUCUUUUACGUGGUGAUCCAUUAUGGUUCUCAGAUUGCUCAAUGGCGGAAACUUGGGUACCAUAAGGAUCCAAACCACGAGAAUUUGAAGAAACUAUUGGAAGCACCAGUGCAGGAUGCAGAGGCACUGUUGAAUGAUCGGAUUCCGGUACCGAAACUUAUAAAUUGUGACCAGCAUGGCAGCCAGGCCCGGUUUCUUCUUGCCAAGCUGAAUCCAUCAGUGACCCAUGAUACAUUGCACGCCAGUAAUACAUCUGAGGUUAUACUUACGGAUGAUGUGAGUCUUCAAGUUUUUAUAGAUCAUUUGCAGAAGUUAGCAGUUGGGUUUUGAUAAAAGGUCCUGUAAAGGAGUGUAGAUUGAGGGUUUUUCAUUUUUGUGGUUAGUUUUACCCAGUACACAAAGGGCUCGCCAGGAGCUGAAAUCAAGUUAUGAAUACACAGCAGGAUACUUGGGAGUCGAAGCAAUGUACAUUAUCUAUAUUUCCAAAUUUUCCGUUAAUGUUUUCAAACACGAAUUCUUUUCUGU